AAGGAACAACGUUUCUCAAAUUUCGAAGGUCGCACUCCCUUUUGGCAAGAACUCAACAUUAAAUAUGGUGAUUACUCGGCUGGUCCUGAAAAGGAUGGAACUCUCGUCUUCGAGAAAACAUUGCCAACUCCUGAGCCUUUGAUGCGAAAUCAAUCACUGUACUUACAUGUUUUCAUAACAAAGGCAGGACACUCACCUAAUCCAAGGGAAAGAAGUUUCAUCAAACGUGAGGUGAUUCAUGGAGUGCAUCGACUCAAUAAAUAUAAAAAGAAACAUUACAAAGUCACAGCCAAUUUGCUCACCGGGAAGAGCGAGCAAAGCGAAGACGAUUUGAAAAAAGCCUCUACAAUGAAUUACGAGAUCCUCAACUUCUGGCAUCCCAACCUCACAAUAAAUUUGGUUGACGAUCAAACAAGGUGGACUAAAGGUUCUCUUCCUCCACCUCUGGAUCAAGCUGUCGAAUUUGACAGUAUCGGAGGAUUCUAUUUGCCCAUAUUGUUCUUCAAUAAUUACUGGAACUUAGGUUCUGAAUACAUGCCCGUAAACGACACGGUCAAGGUAAAGAAUUUAGUUGAAUGA